AUAACAUCUUAAAUAUCAUCAUCAUCAUCAUCAUCAUCAUCAUCAUCGAUCUAAUGCAACAAUAAUAGUUGCAGCAAUGACAAUUAAAAUUGCAGCAAUGACAAUGGCAUGAAUAAGUAGCCUAAUAAAUAAUAAUAGUAAUAAUAAUAACAACAACAACAACAACUUUAGUAUGACUUUUUAAUACAACACAAAAAUAGAAAAAAGGAUAAAAUGACACUAACAAGAAGCCUAAUAACAAUAACAAUAACAUUUUGUAUAAUUCUAAUACUUGAGUGCCAUAUAGGCUUCCAAAGUUAAUACCAGCACAAACAAUAAUAAUAACUAUAACAAAAUGAUAAAGCUUUAUAUGAAAGAAAUAGGAUAAAAAAGACCAACAACAACAACAAUAAUAACAAUUAUAACAAUAAUAAUAAUAAUCAUCAUCAUCAUCAUCAUAAUAAUAAUAAUAACUGCAGUAAUUUUCAGCUAUCACCAAUCAGUUUUCAUUAAACAGGGAGAGAACUAUUUGAGUCUCUCUCUCUCUCUCUCUCUCUCUCUCUCUCUCUCUCUCUCUCUCCUCUCACUCUGUUAAUAGGGUAAACUGGUCAGCUGAUCAUCCCGCCCCUUUACUCUAAGAAUUCUCAGUGAGGAUAAAAAGCCGUCACUCUGAGCUGCAGUGUAUAAUUCUUUCUCUCUAUAAGGAAGAUGCUCAUGUUCAUCAAUAACAUGUCCAGCAUUUUGCUUCUCCUCUCUUUGGCUCUUGCCUUUUCUGAUGCUGAAGAGCGUGGUGUCAAUGAAUUAUUUUCCCUGAUCGGAGCACCACCGGUACAAAGUGGAACAUCUGACUCUUCUAGCAACCAAACCAAAACCGGAGCCAAAGAUCCUUCUCUACCAGUCAAUGAGCUGCUGGAGCAAGGCAAAAAAUCUGCAGACCCAAAGCUGGCACUGCCCCCGGGUAUAUGGCCCAAACACACAGACCCACUGUCUCCUCAUCCUCAGCCAGGCACACACAGCAAGAGCAAGAAGGGCUCGAGGGAGGAGCGGCUUCCCAUUGAUUACAACAACGAAAAACUGCGUAAUGAUGGCCAUCAUAAUAAAGCCGUCCCUGCUGCCGGGGUCGGGGCAUCGAAUCGUACUCAGAUACAGAAAGCUACACCUGAAAGCCCAGUGCUGACUAAUAAUCCUUCAUCCAGUGAGUCUGAGCUAAAUCACAACUCUAGGUCACGCACACGCUCACAGCAGUUAUCAUCUAACACACCAAGAGAGAGCGGGAAUAGUCGGAUGGAUCCUGAGGAGAACAGACCAAGAAAAUCAGGCCUGAACAGCAAUCGUUCAUUCAGCCAAUACAAUCGGCGCUUUUCCAGUUUACUCUACCACUUCGACAUCUACAAAAAAGACUCGGAUUUCAUCCAUGAUGCAGUGUGCUUGAGUGAAUGCAGGAAGGACAAGGACGAGUUAGAGCACUUCUGCUAUAGUGAAUUCGCCAUCAAUGGCAUCGUUCACGACAUUGAUACAAUUCGUCGAGGCAUCAGGCUGGUCACGCUGCUUGUGAGCAAGGACGGCUUCUACAAGAUGAGCCGCCUCUACAUCACUCAAGACACCUACUUCUUCAAGGUGAACAUCCUGGUCUUGGAUACCUACAAGUGUACCAAACCUUGUCCUGACCUCAAACUUGGUAGCAGAUAUAUAAUCAUGGGUCAUAUCUACCACCGAAAGCGCCAUCUCUCCUCUAGUCUCCUUGCCCUCCUGGGGGGCAAACUGAAACCAGGAGACGGGGUCCUGCGCAGCAGCAGCUACGUCAAGCGCUACAACAAAAGAAGACACCAGAAAGCUCAAGAGGCCGUGCGCUCAAGGUGCAGGUGAAUGGAAAAAUUACAGCUCGCUACCGACACUCGCUGCAUGGGAGGAAUAACUGCAGCCUUAUGUAAAUAUAAAAAGAACAAACUCAUAAUCUUGCAGUAUUAUCGGAGGAGAUAGACAGGAAGACAAAGGCGUCUCUGUCCACCCUGCCCAAGCGUCCGAGUGUAAUAGAUCAAUCCACUCCAAGUGGGGAUAUUUUGCUUGCUGUACAAUGCUUGCCUUUCUGCCUGUCCUCUUUCAUAGACGACUCCAGGGAAAUCCGCUGGAUUCCAUCCACUGGCGGAGGAUCUGAUUCAUGUCUGAAACAUGAACCAGGAACCGGCUAAAUAUUUCCUCCGAGAAAUAUUCAGAGCAAACUAAUAAAACGAACAUUUUUUCAUGUGUUUAUCUACCCUAUACACCCUGCCCUUUUUUAAUAUGCACACAACAACCAUGAUGUGUUUUUAGUGUACAUUUACCCGCAUAAACACAAGAAAAGUCCGGAAAGAUCAGAGAUGUUGCAAAAUAACCUUGUUGAGGAAAUUGAGAAAAGUCAUGCAUCCGCAUGGCGUCAGUGUCUUCUGAGCGGUUAUGUCCAGUCAUUUCAUAUUCCGUAAAACAUGUACCUCUUUAACGAAGCACAGAAUAUGCUAUGUGACUUUGAACUUGUAAUGCACUACGCACGUUGCAGAAGUUACUAUUUUAUAUGCUUUAAGAACAUUUCCUUUAGAAAAUACAUUCCUUCACUAUCUAGAGUGCCAAAGCCAACUUUCCAUGCCUUAUAUAGUGCAAGAUUCUUUACAGUUUUUCGUGUUAAUUGCGCUUCCAAGCUUCUUCUGAACACAUUAUACAGUGCCCAAUGUCCUGUAUGCAGGUUCAUUUUUUCCUCCUAUUUUUCCACUUUGAAAACAUCAUGUGUAACUCAGUUAAACUAGGUUUAUUUUCCCAUUCACACCGUUUGAGCUGCACAGAAUGGGAGCACAAACCAACCACACAGAGCUUCUAUUUAUUUUGUCCAUACUUUGUAUUUCACCUUUAAGUUAUACCAGAAUGCAGGAAAUGUGCUGUUAGGCUCAAAAGAAGGAGAGGAAGAUUAAAGGGUUUGAAACGAGAAGGGCACAAAAACAACAACAACAACAACAAAAAACACAAC